CACUGAGCUAGGCUAGCGAGACUGCAUUUACCGCUCAGCCGCAGCGCUCGCCUACAUGACUAGAAUUCUGAGGUCAUCAGCAGUGCGCCAAACGCAAUGGCGGCACAGCUCGCUCACAGCACGGCGCGUCAAUGUGGGCCCUCAUUGCCGGCGGCAUCUAGCAGGUGCAGUCAGGGCGUAGAAUGUAACCUGCCCGCACAAUUGGGCACACCACAUCGCAUUUGCGCAUCAGUGGCAAUCCUGAGAACUUCUGAGCACCGGAGACUUUCUGCUGGGGGAUCAAGCGGCUACAGCGGGUAUCAGCAGCAUCCUCUUCCAUUUUCAAAAACUUCAGGGAAACGGUUUUCCUGCCUUGCCAAGAAGGAUGACAAGAAUGGGGACGAUUUGACCAAGAAGAAUGGCAAGCAGAAAGAGCCAAAGGAGAAGGCGGUCAUGGAAGACUUCCCCGUCCCCAACUGGGAAGGGAUUGAAAGAAAGGCGCACUUCUCAGAUGAUGCUUCAAAGACCCUCGUUUUGGAGAAGAAGACGGGAAAGCGGGAGUACAACUACGAUAAGGAGUUGGAGAAGCUGCAGCUGGAGUUGGUAAAAUUGCAGGAAUGGAUCAAAAACAAAGGAUUGCGAGUUGUCACCAUUUUUGAAGGCCGGGAUGCAGCUGGCAAGGGCGGCAUCAUCAACACCAUCUCCUCGCCUCUCAACCCGCGCAUCGUGUCGGUCCACGCAUUGGGGACGCCGUCGGACCGUGAAAAGACGCAGUGGUAUUUCCAGCGGUACGUCAAGGAGCUGCCGGCGGCGGGCGAGUGGGUCAUCUUCGACCGCUCCUGGUACAAUCGAGCGGGCGUCGAGAAGGUCAUGGGCUUCUGUACAGACGAGCAGUACACAGAGUUCCUGGACUCGUGCCCCCUCUUCGAGCGCAUGCUGGUCAGAUCAGGUAUCAUUCUCCUCAAGUACUGGGUAUCUGUCAGCCCGGAGGAGCAGGAGAGGAGAUUCAAGGAGCGCCUGCACCGGCCCGAGAAGCGGUGGAAGCUAUCACCCAUGGAUCUGUACGCACGAUCGAGGUGGGGCGACUACUCGUAUGCGAAGGACAUCAUGUUCCAGGCUACGGACACUAAGCAGUGUCCUUGGUACGUGAUCCCCGGGGACGACAAGAAGGCGGCCCGGCUGAACACCAUCCAGCACAUCCUGGACCAGUUCAACUACGAGGACCUCAUCGUGCCGGACGACCUGGAGCUGCCGCCCCGGCAGGAGGACAAGUACGUGCGGCCCCCGCUGCAGGACCAGACUUUUGUGCCGCAAAAGUUCUGAUGAGACGAUCGAAAGUCAGUUGUGGAAGUACCGUAGCUACAUAGAAGUAGGAUCGAAGUAGGUGGAAGCAGGUACGUAUGCUUUGUAGCCGCAGCGGGGUUGUAUUUGUAAAUGCCUGCGAUUAGUGCAACGUAGUGUUAGGCUCAGCUCUUGUAGGGUUUGUAGAACGACUGGCACUUGCAAGAAUUACUUAGGGAGUAGGGUCGGAGCAUCCAGUCGACAAGAACCAGAUGUCUGUCAAGAGUUCAGGAUAGGUAAUAAGCCAGGGUUUGGGAAGCUUUUGAAUAUCGUUUUUAGGCAGAAGUGUUUGUACGCCCCAUCGACUUGACCUUAUUAAUGCUCCUACCUAUCGACUGCAUACAUAUGUACGAGGCGAAGCCCUUUGUACUGCAGCUGCUACACGUGCCAAAACCCUGGUCCAGGGCGGUUAAGGGCUUGAUGCAGGGACUCGUCGCUUUGUACGAUCGGACACGCACUCGAUCUCACUUGAAUCAGCAGGACAGGUUCUCUCAACGCGAGACUCGUAUACACUGACUGGUCGGAACCACGUGACACUCGUCUGCUAUAAUCUAAG